UGUUCUGUGCAGUCUAUGGAUCAGGAUCUGCACUUUUUUAUGUGGUUGGGAAAAAUAAACCAAAAACAAGAAACCAUAUUUAUAAUAAUAUACCAUAUAAACCAUUAAAGAAGACUACGAUUAAUAAUUUCCUUUUAACUUUGAAAUGGGCAAUUUCAAAAAGGAUUUGGAAAAUUUAAGACAGUUUAGAGAAAAUAAUGAUCGAAACAGUAGAGAAGUGGUUCAGAUUUGGAUAAAUUCCAUUGGUUCAAAUAUAGAUAAACUUGGAAAAGAAAAGCAUGUAAUAUUGGAACAAGUAUGUAUAGCAGCACUAGAUUGUUUUCAAUUAAAAGUAGCGGAAACAUGUAUUAAAGGGCUCUAUAAUGAAUUCCCAAAUAGCUGCAGGGUUCAAAUAUUGGAAUCUAUGUUAUAUGAAGCUGAUGAUAAUUAUAAUAGAGCAUUGCAAAUUUUAAAUAAUGUCAUUAAACAUGAUGGUACAAACAGUUCAGCCAGAAAAAGGAAAAUUGCAAUGUGUAAGGCUCUUGGGAGGAAUACUGAAGCUAUCAAAGAGUUAACAGAAUAUCUGAAAAUUUUUAUGGCAGAUGUUGAAGCAUGGCAAGAACUAAGCGAAUUGUAUAUUUCUGAAUUUGAUUACAGUAAAGCAGCAUUUUGUGUAGAAGAGCUAAUUUUGCAUAAUCCACAUAAUCACUUGUUACACCAAAGAUAUGCUGACAUUAAGUACAGCCAGGGCGGAUUAGAAAAUAUAGAAGUGGCUAGAACUUAUUAUUACCAGUCAUUAAAAUUGAAUCCUAAGAAUAUGAGGGCACUGUAUGGAAUAUAUUUGACUACAUCUGCUAUGCUGAAUACUCAGAAAGUAGUAACUGGUAAAAAAAAGGAUGCUGCUCAGAAAAUUCUGGAUUGGGUGCUUAAAGAAAUUAAGGAAAGAUAUUCAGAGAAUCAGGUUUCUGAUAUAGAAGAAUCUUUGGCAGCACUAGAAAUUUAGAAAUUUCAAUUCACCAUUCCUAGCUCAAGCUGAAGUUUUUAAGUAUUCACCUUGUACUAAUUAUAAUGAAAUUUUUAUAAAAUAUUUAAUAUAUUGUAAGUGUGAAGUAUUCAUAAACAAUGAAUAGAAAUUACAUGUUUGUUAAUUUAUCUUUAUUUUCAAAUUUUUUAAAAUCAAAAUUAACAAAUUCCAAUCAUUUAGAACUGGUCAUCAGUAAUAACUUUAAAAAAAGGUUUCAAGAAAACUAAAAAAUUAGUAUUUCAUUUCCAAAUUAAAAUUAAAAAAUUUAAUGACAUUACUGUUAUAUUAAUGUAAAAAAUAUAUUACAUUUAAAACUAACUAUUAAUACUAUUCCAUGUCCUUAACGCCUAGGUGCUCAUUAUUAAAGUCAUCAUUUUUCAAAUUGUUUAACUGAUUACCAAUACUUUUCAAACUUUCCAUAACUAUUAAAUGGUUCUUUUCCUGUUGUGCUUUUAUUUCGGUCAGCAACUGAAUUUUAAUCCGGUCUAAAGAAAGAUUAUUUUUUACUAAAAACUCUCCAGAAGAUGUAUUUUUCGGCUGGGUGUUUUCAACGUCAUCUUUUUCCUCAUCUUUAUCUUCACAUUCUAUAUUUUCAGUAAUAUCUGCUUCCAUUUUUAAGUCUUGUAUUUUAUUUUCCUUAAACCACUUGUGCAUAUGUUCAAAAUAUGGCCAAGUUAUGUUUUCUGUUGAUUCUCCUUUAGCCAAUUGUUUGUAGCGUUGUACUAAAUUUUGCCAACAUUUACUUAAUUGAUCUAUUGAAUAUUUGCCUUGGCACUGUAGAAGAGACUGAAUUAUCCUAACAAAGAAAUAUAGUAUUCAGUCCACCCACCCACUAUUUUUUAUUUUAUGAUUUAUGGUGAAAUUUAAGUUUAAUUAAAAAAAUGCAUAUGAUUAUUAUGACAUUUAUG